UAAUGAUUAAGAAUUACGGAGACAGAUAUCAUCUUAUUGACAAAAAGGCUUUGGAAGAUAAGAAACUAGAUAAAGACUAACUCGUAGAAUUUGUAAAAACAUCAGGAAUAAGUGAAAUAGGAAAAAAUUACAAUAUUGUGUCAAUAAUAGGUAGUCAAAGUACAGGAAAAAGUACAUUGCUUAACUAGCUUUUUGGAACAAAAUUUGAUGUCUAGAAUAGGUAAUAAAGCGUAGGUUAAACAACUGUUGGUAUUUGGAUCUCUAAAGAUGUCUAAAAUAAUGUUGUAGUAUUAGAUGUGGAAGGAUCAGAUUCUGUAGAGAGAAAAUCAGGAGAGAAUGUAAAUGAUUAUAAAUAAUAAUUAGAUGGUUGAAAAUUAAACAGCAUUAAUGGCAUUAGCUAUGUCACAUUGUUUUAUUAUCAAUGUAUUUCUUAAUGCUUUAGGUUAACAUACAAGUUGUUAAUUAUCAAUCAUAAAAAUCAUUAUGCAAUAGAAUUUAAAACUAUUUUAAUAAGAUUCUGUUAAACAUAUUAUAUUUGUUGUAAGAGAUUGGGAUGAAGAUGCUAAUUAUGAAGAGGCUUCUCGUAGAUUGAAUGGUUAUUUAUUGAAUAUAUGGAAUGAGAUUCCUAAAGUAAGAUUUCUAUUAACAAUAAUAGCCUGAUCAAUAUAAAGAGACAGAUUUCCAUGAAUUAUUUAGUGUAUAAGUAGUAACAUUAGUAUACUAUAAAAUGAAAAAAGAAUUUGCUGAUUAAACAAAUGAACUUCAUUCAAAAUUGGCCAAUUAAUAAGAUCCAAAUUUUAUUUUUAAAGAUUAUGAUUAUGAGAAGAAUGUAAGAUGGUCAGAUAUGCCAUAAUAUUUAUCAAAUAUUUGGGAGGUCAUUUCAAAUAAUAAAGAUUUAAAUUUACCAAAUGAGAAAAUAUUGAUUUCAAAUAUGAGAUGUUAAUAAAUAAAAUUAGAAGCAUUAGAAGGUGUAAAAUAAUUAAAUGAAGUAUAAUAAUAAUAAUUUAAAAUAUAGGAUUUAAAUAAUAGAGUAAGAACUAAAUUUGUAGAUAAUUUUGCUAAUGAAUGUUAAACUAUUAUGAAUAUAGCUACAAAAAUAUAUGACAAAGAUGCUAGAGAUUAUCAUAUUGAAGUAUACAAAGAAAAAGAAAAAGAAUUAAAAGAUGAAUUAAUUAAUAGAUUCUAUACUUAUUUCUAAAAAUAGAUUGAAUAACUUAAACAAUAUUAUAUGAAUAUGUUAUCAGAGAAUCUUGAGACAUUAAAAAGAGAAAGUAUAUAUUUUAAUGAUUGAGAUUAGGUAUCUAUAAUUUACCUGAUAAGUUAAAUGAAUUGGAUAUGUUAAAAUUACAAUUUGAAGAAUAAUUAUCAAAAUCUGUAAUAGAAAAAGGAUUGUGGUAAGAAGAAGAUCAUAUUAAAUAUUUUAAAUAAUAAUUUGAUAAUCAUUUAAAAGCAUUUGUUGAAGCUUAAUUAGCAACUUUUAAAUAAUAAUUAGAUAAUAUAAUUAAAUCAGAAUGUGAUAAAAUAGUAAGUUCAUAAGUCCUUAAUAUUUCACCCAAAUUUUGGUCGCAAAUUGAAACUGAUUAUUACAGUAUGAUCUUUGAUAAAUAUUAAAAAUAUGAAGUAUUGUUAAUAGGAUUGAGAGUUUAAUAAAAAUAGAUUGAAGAUUAUUUAAAUAAAUUUGAAGAAGAUUGUUUUCAUAAUCUUAAAUAAGUAAUUGCUGUUGCAAGUGGUAGAUUUAAAGAUUAAUUAUUCUAAUAAUUUAAAGCUUAGUUUGUUAGAGCAUCUGAUGGACAACCAAGAAAUUGGUAAAAAUUAACAGAAGAGGAAAUCUUCCAUUUCUAUACAGAUGCUAGAGAUAAAGUAUUCUCAUUGUUGGAUUUAUUGAGAAUUAGAAAAAUUAAAUUCAUUAAAUAAUCAGCUAAUAUUAAAUAAAAAGCAAAAACUCUUAUUAUUACUUCAACUUAAAAAGUUUAAUAUGAAAUGUCUUCAGAUGCUGAUUCUGAUGAUGUUGUUCUUAAUGAUGUUUUUUAUACAUAAGUGAAAAUGUAAUUAGCAGAAGAUAUUGAUGUCUAAUAUUAAGAUGCAAUUCAAAAACAUGUAAAAUUAAAUAUGAACUAAUUUCUUAGAAACAAGAUUUCCUAUAAAAUAUUCCAAAGCCAUUUUGGUUCUUAUUGUUAUUCUUUAUGUAUGAUGAUGUCUUAAGAUGGAUGGGAAAUCCAUUAUUAUUGUAUCCAAUUUUGAUAAUCUUAUGUUUUAUAGGAUUUUGUAUUGCUAUAGGUAAAAUAUUGAUUAUAACUAUUAUUAGGUCUCCAUAGUUUACCUAAAUUAGCAUUUUAAUGGGUCUUUAAAACCUUGAAUCAAGCUGUUAUUCCCCUAAUAUUUGGAGGUAUUUCAAAAUUAAAAGGAAGUUGAAU